AUGGUCGAGGCGCUGGAUCGGCUAGGCGCGAAGGCGGAGAAGUUGAUUCUGCAUUCGGAGGAGUGGAAUACCAAUUCGACGAGGAAGGCGGAGAAUGGCACGGAGGUGUACACGACGGAAGCGAGGCUUCUGCAGAAGGCGCAGGGGAUGUAUCAUGCGGUUUUGCAGCCCGUCCCCGUGCAGAGGGUCACGGGGGAUGUCACCUGGAGUGACUCCUUCACGAAAUUACUGGCGUUUAACCAGACGCAGUACCGUCGCGUGCUCGCCCUCGACUCCGACUCCACGAUGCUGCAGCCCAUGGACGAACUCUUCCUCCUCCCGCCGACCCCCGUCGCGAUGCCGAGGGCGUACUGGCUCGAACACGAACUCUUCGACGCAAUCACCCUCAUUACCCCCUCCAGCGCCUCCGCCGCGCGGAUCCAAACCGCCAUCGCCACCCGGUUGGACACAGACUUCGACAUGGACAUCAUGAACCACGUCUUCGGGGACUCGUGCAUGGUGCUGCCGCAUCGCGACUACGCGCUCGUGACGGGGGAGUUCCGGAAACAGGAGCCCGGGCAGCACGUGGCGUAUCUGGGGGAUGGGGGCGAGGAGUGGGAUGCGGAGAAGGUGGUGGAUGAGGCGAAGUUUGUGCAUUUUAGCGAUUGGCCGUUGGGGAAGCCGUGGGUUGCGAGUGGACGGCAGGUCAAGGAGGAGGUGAGGCCGAAGUGUACGAGGGAGGGGAGUAUGGAGGAGGAUUGUAGGGAUAGGGUGGUUUGGGAGGGGUUGUAUCGGGAUUUUAGGGAGAGGAGGAAGGCGAUCUGUGGGCCUGAGCUUGUAGAUUGGGAAAGUGAAGAGACGGAUUGGGAGGUGGCGAGGCUGUUGUCGAAUCCCACAUCGAGGCCGUCGGCAGUGGACAGAAGUCCAACUAUAGGGACGGCUGCGCCUGUACUUUAG